UUUAUUUUCGAUUUACAAAUACGAAACGUGCGGCACUUGUAGUUAGAGAAGCGCCUCUGCACCCGUUCGCCACUUUGUUCUCAACUCUUCUCACCUCCUGGGCGAGACAAGCUACCUUUAGCUAGGACCUAUUUAAAAAAACGUGCGGCGCUUUACAAUUAAAAGCGUCUGGAAGUUAAUUUUAACCUAGCUAGCAGCUCCUCGAUCGAUCAGGCGCCCGACAAAGGAAAAGACAGAGGUGCUGUAUUGAAGUUAUUUGUGCAUCCGCCGUCCGCAGCAGGGCCUACAUCCACGACAUCUACAUCCACAGAUUGAGUAAAGAGACUCGGCGAUAGAUCUAUAACCCGUCGUCCGCAGUAGGGCCGUCCGCCGUCCGCAGCAGGCCAUCCGCCGUCCGCAGCAAGCCGUCCGCAGCAGGCCGUCCGCCGUUGAUGACGAGGUCCGCCGUCUGCAGCACUUCCGACGACGAGGUCCGCCGUCUGCAGCACUUUCGACAACGAUGUCCACGCCACCUACCUGCCACGACAUCGGCCCUGUCACCUCCUACCGCUGCUCUGCCACCGUUGGGGACUCCGAUUUUGGACAUUGUCACCGGCAGAAUCGUAAACUAGGGUUAAGCAGACGCUUGAAGGCACCGUCGUCAAGGCGUAUCUUCCCACUAGCAGUCAAAAUGGUGAAGGGACGUCAAGGAGAGCGCAUCAGACUCUAUGUCAGGGGGACAGUCUUGGGUUACAAGAGAUCGAAGUCGAACCAGUAUCCAAGCACCUCAUUGGUUCAGAUUGAAGGAGUGAACACUAAGGAGGAAGUGGGUUGGUACCAGGGAAAGCGUAUGGCUUAUGUCUACAAGGCUAAGACAAAGAAGAACGGAUCUCACUACCGUUGCAUCUGGGGAAAGGUCAGUCGGCCUCAUGGAAACAGCGGUGUCGUAAGAGCUAAGUUCAAGUCCAACUUGCCGCCCAGAGCCAUGGGAAACAGUGUCAGGGUUUUCAUGUAUCCUAGCAAUAUCUAAGUGAAGAAGAUGAAGAAUAGGACUAUUGCUGCAGUGCUUCAGGGAGCCUACUCUUUAUUUAUAAAAUUUUCAGAGUUAAACUUCCUGUGUUUUUCAUAUUUACUGUUUAGACAACUUUGUUGUGUGUUUAAUGAACAAACACAUGGUCUAUUACUUCUGUUAUUUGACAUCCUUUUUAACUGCAUCAUCUGUUUUGUUCACAAAAGAACUUGAUGACGUUUCUUCUUUUGUUCCAUUUACAUAGUUCUUGACGUCAUUGCUUUUUACAUCUCAAGAUUAUUAGUUGCUGCAA